GCGCAGCUGCCGUCUUCUCCGAAGAUGACGACGAAGGAGGUCGCGAAGAAGGACGAGGUCCCCGAGAAGGGCGCCGAGGCCGAUGUCGUGCCCUGGAAGUCGAUGAACCUGGGACAGAAGUUCGGAUUCAUGGCGAGGAACGUAACCGUCGAGCCGAUGGUCGCCUGCUACAUUAUGCCCAGCGUCCUGGCGGCCCUUGCGACGCAGAAUCUGAACCUGGAGAAAGCCUGCCGGGUGAACCUCGCCUACCCGGACGACGUGUGCACGGCCCUAGCCGCCCGCAACACGAGCGGCUUCCACGACGAAGAGUUGGCCGUGCAAAAGCUCGUCGCUGGGAUGCAGUCCUGGAAGACGGCGCUCCAGAGCGGCCUCCCCGCCGUCCUGAUCCUCUUCAUCGGCGCCUGGAGCGACCGGACCGGGCUCCGAAAGCCCUGCAUGCUGGUACCGAUCGUCGGCGAGUUCCUCACCAGCAUUAGCUUGAUAAUAUGCACCUACUGGUUCUACGAGCUACCCAUGGAGGCUGCCGGCGCCUCCGAGGCCUUGUGGCCCGCCCUGACGGGCGGAUGGUUCGCCAUGUUCAUGGGGAUAUUCAGCUACAUCGGUGACGUGACGACGGUCGAGUCCCGCACCCUCCGCAUCGGGGCUGUGAACGUGUUCGUCUCCCUCGGGAUCCCCAUCGGCAUGGCGUUGUCCGGGGUGCUUUACGUCAAGAUCGGGUUCUACGGCGUCUUCGCCAUUUCCACCGUCUGCUACGUCCUUAGCUUCGUAUACGGCGUCGUCUGUAUCAAGGAGGUGCCAAGGCCUCCCUCCACCUCCACCAACGUCCAGGAGAAGAAGCCGCAGCCGAAGACCUCGAUCUGGGCCUCCGUAACCGACUUUUUCGCCCUCCGGCACAUCUCGGAGACAUUCAAAGUCGCGUUCAAGAAAGGCGCCAACAACAGGCAGCAGAGGGUCGCUGUCCUUAUGGUCAUCGUUAUGGUCGUCAUUGGCCCGAUGCACGGUGAGAUGGCGGUGAUGUACUUGUUCACCAGGUACCGAUUCAACUGGAACGAAGUCCAGUUCAGCAUGUUUUCCACCUACAGUAUGCUGACAAAUCUGGCCGGAACGAUGGUUUCGAUCGGGGUGUUCAGUCACCUCUUGAAGAUCGACGAUGCAUUGGUGGGCGUGAUGAGCUGCAUGAGUAAAAUCCUCGCCAGUUUUGUCUACGCAUUUGCGAGCACCGAUUGGAUGAUAUACUUAGCUCCUCUGGUCGAGAUCGUAAACGGCACGUCGUUCAUCGCCAUGAGAUCUAUAGCCUCGAAGCUUGUGCCUACCGACGAGCUGGGCAAAGUCAACUCUUUAUUCGGCGUUUGCGAAGCACUAAUGCCGUUGGUUUACGGCCCCAUGUACAGUUCCGUUUAUGCCGCCACCAUGAACACGCUUCCUGGGGCAUUUUUCCUCCUAGGCGGGGGACUCACUAUUCCAGCUGUUAUUCUAUUUCUAUGGCUUUACACCGAACACAGAGCGGAUCGGAAACGGGCUGAAGAAGAGAAGAAACAGGAGACGGAAAAACCGUCCGAAGGAUCGGAAGCACCUCGAGGUUUAGAUAAUGGGGCCUUUGAGACGGAGGCAUUGUGACGUGUGAAAAAUAUUAACACGGAUUUUAGUCGCCAUUUUUCUCACUCGAGAGGCUUGCUACUUGUUGGAGGUUCGGAGCAGAGCCUGAGCGGUAGAUAAACGUUGAAAAUCUUCCAGGUUCAAUGUAACUCGACGGUUUUGAUCCCGCUGUAUUGAUUUACUUCGGUAAUCAAAUUCCGUUUUUUAUUCCAAUCUGAAAUGUCCGAAGGAAAUUUAACGAAUUAUCGAGUUGCAAUGUGGCAUGAGCUGCAAUAUUUCAAUGUGAUGAUGACGUUUGAUUUAAAUGAUUCCACGCUGUUUUUCGUGUUUCUAAAAACGUUCGGAAAACUGAUAAUUUAAACAUUAUUCCCCAACUUCACCUGUAUACGUAUUAUAUCUGUAAAUAUUUCCAACUCUCGGAUAAACGGUGGGUACGAUAAAAUUGAACUUACAAACAUCGCUUUGCAGCACAGAGCAUAUUUUAAUUAAUUUAAUAUACAAGAAUAUAGGAGAUUAAAGUAAAAUUUUAGGUAGGUGUAAAGUAACUAGGUAUAGUAUUAUUAGUCAGGGUUUGCGAAAACCGUUUAGAGACAGGUGGAUAAAAUGACAAAUGAUUUUAUUCUCGUUCAGCAUACACGGUACAACUUUGUAGAAAUGUUAGAUUGACAAUUAGCCAAAAUUACGUUAUUUUAAUAUACGUAACGUACACAUACAGCUUA